AUUCAAAUUUCAAUCAAAAAUUCGACAAACCCAAACCCAUAGAUUCAUAAAUUCUUAUUCCACCCGUAAUUCCUAAAUUUAACUAAAUAUAAGUUUUUAAACAAAUAAAAAUUUCUACUUUACCAAUUUCAUAAACAUCUAUUCAAAAUGCCCCGUGGAAAGUACACUAACCACAAGGGUCGCAACCGCAAAUUUACGAGCCCCGAAGAGUUAGAAGAGCAACGGAAGCAGGAAGAGCUGAAAAAGAAGUGGAGAAAGGAACAUGGAGAUGAAAGUUCGAGUGAGGAAGAGUCUGACAAGUCUGGGUCAGGAAGCAGUGAUGAAAGUGAUUCAGAUGAUGAUACACCUGCAAAAGCAAAAGGUGUUUCAGGCUUAAUAGAAGUAGAAAAUCCAAACCGUGUAGUUAAAAAGAAUAAGAAACUAUCCAAUCUGGAUAACCUUGGAGAAGGAGAGAAACCUCAACUUUCAAGGCGUGAACGCGAAGAAAUAGAAAGGCAGCGAGCAGCAGCAGCUUAUCAGAAAGCACACGCAGAGGGCAAAACAGAGCAGGCUAGAGCUGACCUCGCAAGGCUAGCCAUUAUUAGGCAGCAGAGGGAAGAGGCCGCCAAGAGACGCGAAGCCGAAAAAAAGGCUAAGGAUGAAACUCCAAAGAAAAAGUAAAGCAAGUCCUGGAGUUAAAACUGCAUCAGUUUAUCGACGUCUCCAGAAUGACUUCCUAAAAUAUAUAUUGUAACUUGAUUUUAUAUCUCAGACAAAUUGUGUUCAUAAUUUAAAAUGCCUAAUUUUAUUUACUUAAAGCCAAGUCAGAAUAACAGUUUAUUUAUUAGAUGAAUUAAUGCAAGUUAAUUAUCAACAAAAUUAGUAAAUCUUUAUAACAUAUACUAUGUUAUUGUGUUGAAAUUCAAUAAAAACAAGUUAAAAAAGCUGAUGCCGGGAUGACACAAGCAGAGUUUUCUCAGACCGAGUAAACAGAUUAACUGCUCAAAUUUAUUAAUUAAAGUGUGUAUCAUACCUGUCAAUUUUAAACCAUCGUCCGUCAAAAUACACUUGUAUUGGCUUAAUGAUUAGAUUGCGUUUAUAGUAAUUAACAAAUAUAUUUUAUAAACAGUUAAAUAUACACUAGUAUAUUCAAUAUUUGCUGUAGUACUAAAUGGUAAUAGCUU